CCCCUUCUGGAUUCUCUCUUUAUUCCUUCAUCAUCAUCAUCAAAAAGAGCAAUUCUCGCCUCCAUAGCGAUAAACAAGCAUCAAUCAAUCAAUCAAACAAAACGAAAUCUAUAGGUCAACUCCCAUAAGAAAUGCAGCAACAUCCCCCACCCCCCACCCCCGAUUCCGAUCUCCCCCGUCUCGCUAACAUCAAAAUCAAGUCAUCUUCCCCACGUUUCCCACCACCUACCACUCCUUCCACCACCGAUACCCCUACCGCCGGUGCUCAGCGUAAGAUCGGAAUCGCCGUUGAUCUAAGCGACGAGUCCGCUUUCGCCGUUAAGUGGGCUGUAAAUCAGUACCUACGUCCUGGUGACGCCGUUAUCCUUGUUCACGUUCGUCCAACUUCCGUACUCUACGGUGCUGAUUGGGGAUCCGUUGAUCUAUCUAUCGUUGAUACUGAGAACGAGGAGAGUCAGAGGAAGCUUGAGGAUGAUUUCGAUACAUUUACUACUACUAAAGCGUCUGAUCUAGCUCAGCCUUUGGUUGAUGCUCAGAUUCCAUUUAAGAUCCAUAUUGUUAAGGAUCAUGAUAUGAGGGAGAGGCUGUGUCUUGAGGUUGAGAGGUUAGGGCUUAGUGCUGUUAUUAUGGGGAGUAGAGGAUUUGGAGCUACUAAGAGGGGAAGCGAUGGAAGACUUGGGAGUGUUAGUGAUUAUUGUGUUAGGCACUGUGUUUGUCCUGUUGUGGUUGUUAGGUACCCUGAUGACAAGGAUAGUGGAAAUGCUGUUGUAGAGCCGGUGGUUUCUGUUGCUUCAGCUGCCGAAGAAGAUGAGGAGGAAGCAGAGUAUCAUGAUGCUUCUGAGGAUCGAAAAGGGCAGCCCGGUGCACUAAAGCUCCCUCUAUGUGCGGGGUCUGGGGAAGGGCCUGACCGCAAGGGUCUAUUGUACGCAGCCUUACCUUGCAUUUCUGCCAGAGGCUGUUUCCAAGGCUUCAACCCGUGACCUCCUGGUCACAUGGCAGCAACUUUACCAAUUCAUAAUGAAGGUGGAUGAGGUCUUCCCUUGGCUUGCACUUGUAUUGACCAGCUUCCUCAAGAACCAGUAGGCCCUUCAUUAUGCCUGGAGUCAUUUUAUGUAAAUGAACUGUUGUAGCUUGUCUCUCUCAACAUCAACUUAUUAUGGUCUCUUCUUGAUGAUUGUAUCUGUUAUGUUUGUCAUCUUCACAAUAUUGUUACUUGAUUGCCUUUGGAUACUUGCAGUGCAAUCUAAAACUUUUUAAUGA